AGUGAUGGCGGCUGCCUGGGCUGAGGCGGCGGAGCCGGAGCCCGAGGCGGCCGCGGCGGCGGCGGCAAUGAGGGCCGGAGGCGCCGCGAGGCAGCGGGCGGAGGCGGCGGCAGCAGCAGCAGCAGCGGCCGGGCCCCAGGAGGCCGAGGCGGCGGCGGCGGCAGCGUCUGGGCGCCCGCGAAGCCUGUAGGCGGCGGCGGCGCCAUGGAGCGGAGGAGGCCUCCGCCCGGGAAAGAAGCGCAGGCCGGCUGGGCCGCCUUGCUCGGCCGGGAGCGGCAGGCACGCGAGUUCUGCCCCGGGGUGAACGACCAGCCGUACGUGUGCGAGACGGGUCACUGCUGCGGGGAGACGGGCUGCUGUAUCUACUACUAUGAGCUCUGGUGGUUCUGGCUCCUGUGGACCGUCCUGAUCCUCUUCAGCUGCUGCUGCGCCUACAGGCACCGCCGCGCCAAACUGCGCCUUCAGCAGCAGCAGCGGCAGCGGGAGAUCAACCUCAUUGCCUACCACGGUGCCUGCAACUAUCCCCCGUCCAUGAUGGAUCUCAGGAUGCUGGCUUCCUUCAAGCUGCCUGCCUACGAAGAGGUGGCCCAUCGCCCGACCACCCCGCCACCCCCCUACAGUGCCAUCCUGGGAGGCUCCACCAGCCGCCUGGGCUCCAGCACGCUGACUCUGACCGGCAGCUCGGAGAACUAUACCAGCUGCUCUUGCGAGUCCAGCUGCCUGACGUCCCCCAGCAGCACCUCUCUGUCGGCCACGGAGGCCAGCACCCCCAGCGAGGGCGAGGCGGAUGCCGAAGGGGCCGGCGGAUGCAGCAGCAGCACGGGGGGCAGCUGGGAGCUGGCGGGCAAGCUGGCGCCCCGCCCCGCGCCCCCCAAGCACGCCCUCUUCUCCUCCAGCGUGGAGCUCUUCGAAGGCGACUCCCGGCGAGUCUCGGACAGCGACGAAGGGCCCGACGCCCUGGACGAGGGGGAGCACUUCCGCCACCGCCGGCUGACGGGCGACUCCGGGAUCGAGGUGGGGCGCGGGCAGGACGAGGACGAGGCGGCUGGCGAGGACAGCGAGGAGGAGGCGGCCCACCUGCUGGGCAAAGGGGUCCCCUGCUCUCCCCCAGGCAGCGAGGCCCAGAGUCUGUGUGCGGGGCAAGCGGAAGGGGACCCCGAAGAACUGGCCGCCUCCUCACCUACGUUGCCUGUCUGAAGAGGGCCUGCCCUGCUUGGCUGACUUCCCCUUUCCUGACCCCUGGGACUCCGCUGCCCCUGCCCUCCUGGCGCCAGGCAGCAGCAGGAGGGGGGGAGGAAGGGCUCCUGCGCCCUGCACUUCACUGUGGAGAAUUACCGCCUUAGCACCAACACUGCCCUCUGCCCAUAGCCAGAUCUCACGCUCUGUUUCUUGUUUCCCUGCCUAGCCAGUCCAUCCGUAGUAAGCGCCCCCCCCCCAGCUCUCUUCCAGCUUUGUGACCAAAGGUCUGCUCCCCCUCCCACCUUCGGGUUGGGCGCUUCCUUAGGAGCCUUCUGUGGACUUGUACAGUGAGUGUCCUGUCUCUUGGGGGGUGGGGUGGGCCUGGACUACCUGCCAGACCCCAACGACCGUAGCAGUUGUGUGUGUGCGUGCGUGCGUGUCUCCCGCUGCGCUCUGCAACCUUUGGGGACAAGGUGUGGCUCUUCCUCGGGGGGGGGGGCUGCCUCCUUCCUUCCUUCCUCCCCCCUCGGGAUUUGCGCUGGGUUUGGGGUUUGCUGGUUGCCUGGAUGAAACGGUUCUCGCGACCCCUGCUCCUCGCUCCAACCAAGCUGGGCUGGGAGUGGGGAGCUGGCCUUCCCUGGGCAGGCUGCUCGAAGCAGCUUGUGGGGUCCUUGCCAUACCAGUGCCUGGUAGCCUUGGGAGUGGAGGCUGGGGGGGGGGCAGCAGUGCGUGCUUCUUAUUAAAGAGAUGUGAACACCCCCGGCUCAGAGGCUCUUGUUUGGAGGGUGUGUUGCAGGGCUGGGUAUGGCAGCUCUCCUUUGGGGAAACUUGCAGGCUGAGACAGCUGCAUCUUGUAAGUUCAGCCCCCUCUUAGGGUUCCAAGCGGGGGCUGGGAGAAGCCGUUUUCUUUCUCUCUCCAUAGGUCAGGAGAUGCGCAACUGCAGCAGGGAAGGGGGACUUGGCUCAUUGUGGCCCAUCCUCCCAUCUCAGCAAAGAUGCCCUGUCUCCGAUGAAGGCACACAUUCUGAAUUUACCUCCCUGGCGUUUGAGAAGUCGAUUGGGGUUUUGUUCUUAGGGGCAGUGCCGUAGUGGCUCCCAUUUUUUUAACUGCCAUCAUCCUAUUUGGAUGAGAACAGCCAGCACAAAUGCCACAGGGUCUGUCUGUCUCUCCCCCCCCCCUUUGUGUCUAAUCUAAACACGGCCCCCUUAAGAUUUGCAGCAUUCCUCUGUGUCUCCGUCUGAGUUUCAGUGCCCAGGACUGGACCUGUCACUCCUGGCUGAGAUCUGAGCGUGUCUUGGAAGCAAAAUUAGCUGCUUGCUCCCGAGCUGUAGCACUGUACUAGAAUUCUCCCACUGAAGCGCACAUUCUUAGCUUAUUUAUACCUCCAUUUCAUCAGUAGUAAUCACACUAGUGUGCUCCAAACACCAGACACAGCUCUUGCAACAACUCCUUAAGGCUGGGUAGCUCAGUUGGCUAGAGCAUGGUUCUGCUAACGCCAAGGUUGCAGGUUCGAUCCCUAUAUGGGACAGCUGCCUAUCCCUGCCUUGCAGGGGGUUGGACUAGAUGAUCAUCAGGGUCCCUUCCAACUCUAUGCUUCUAUGAAGUAGUUUUCUUCUGUCUGCUGCCCUCCAUAUUUUGCUGGUCCCCAGCUCCCACCAUCCCAAACUUUUAAACCAUUCAUUCAUUUGUGUAGCCCGUCUUUCAGCUAAGGAAUUCCUGGAGACUGUGACUUGACUGAGAAUCUACAGGUUGUUACUCUUGCAAAACUCCUUUUGAGCUGGAGCUGAUUUUUUUAUUUUAAAAAAUCCAAAUCUUUUGUGUUUGGGGGCAGAGUUUGCAGCUGGACUUGUGGGUUGCAAUAAAAUAAAAUAAAUAGUGGGAGCAGUACAAGUGUGUAAAGUGACUUGUUCCGGGAAGCAGUGGGAAUCCUGCGCGUGAUUUGUUGCACAGGGAGUAAGUCAUGCAAUAUCCCGGCUACAUAGUGAAGCAAGUGAGCCAGCCUCUAUGAGGAGGCAAGGCAAAUGUGGCCCGAGAAUCAGAAGACAGUCAAAUGAAUGGUGGGCUGCAUUGGUGUAUUGCGUCCUAACUAUGGCAGGGGCCACUCAUUGGGGGGGGAUUGCAAUGGAGAUGGGGCAAACCUUCAGGAUGCCAUUUUGUCCACAAAUCCAUGUGGCCAGACAGGGAGACCCACCUCAUAUGCAAGCUGCGGACUUGAAAACCAGAGGUUCAAGAGCUGAGGAAUCUGCCUUAACCCCAAGUCUACACAUGCAGCGGGGCCACACUUGGGUCCUGGGGGUGGGGGGGACUCUGGGAAUCUGGCCGGGAGGGGGAAUGGCCGGCUGUAGCCCCCUGUGCCAAAACAGUUUUCUUGCAAGUCGCAAUGAAGAUUUCCACGCAGCUGCUAACGGAGGGCAGCCCUUUCUGUGAGGAGACAGGAGGAGCCUUGCUCAAUCGGUGCCACGGCCCCUCUAGACCAGCUUCCUGUUCUCACAGUAGCCAACCUGGGGGAAAGCAGCAAGCAGGAUCCAAGCACAAGAGCCCUCCCCUCCCCUCUAGCUGUCGCUGCUGAAGUGGCCUGCAGCCCAGGAAAGGUGAUGGCAUGGUGAAGCCGUGAAGUAUUUUGGGUGCCUUGCGAUGGCCUGGCGAGAGAUGUUGUGGUCCAGGGGCAGAGCAGCCUCCUUGGAGGCAGGGUGUUCAAGCUCUGGGCAGCUUCGCGGAAAAAACUCUGGUAGCAGAUGAAUGGGGGGGGGGUGGAUUUCUGCCUCUGGAGUUUUCCAUAUCUCCCAGCAACCAAUGAGGCAAGAUCCUGUGGCGCUCAGCUCACUCUGUCCCCUGGGGUUGAAUUUGGAGGCUGGGGGGGGGGGGUGU